GCGGAGGGGGCGGGGCCAAGCGGGGCGGGGCCAGGCGGGGCGGGGCGGGGGCGGGGCAGGGCUGCCCCUCGCGGCCCCAACUCUCGCGCCUCCUCGCGGGCAGGAAGCAGGUGGGCUGACCUGGGUCGUCACGUGGCCAGGAUGCGGAAGCUAUCGACAGGAAGGGGGGGCUACUUCCGGCGUCGGCCUGUCUGGGGCGCGGAGGCAGCGGCGGCCGCACGGACGCGGGCCCGCGGUCGAUCCCGCUAUGCGAGAGAGCCCGAGGCGCGCAGCACAACAUUAAAUUUGUAAUGCAAUGGAGUCUGGGUCAAGCUCUUUUCGAGUGGAAUUUCCAGAUUUUUCGAGCACCAUUUUGCAGAAGUUAAACCAGCAGCGCCAGCAAGGACAAUUAUGUGAUGUGUCCAUUGUCGUGCAGGGCCAUCUCUUCAGAGCUCAUAAAGCUGUUCUUGCAGCCAGUUCACCUUACUUCUGUGAUCAGGUUCUCCUAAAAAACAGCAGACGAAUAGUCCUGCCCGAUGUGAUGAAUCCCAGAGUCUUUGAAAACAUUCUUCUGUCUACCUAUACAGGUCGGCUGGUAAUGCCCGCUCCAGAAAUUGUUAGUUAUUUGACAGCAGCAAGUUUUCUUCAGAUGUGGCACGUAGUGGAUAAAUGCACGGAAGUGCUAGAGGGGAACCCAACCGUCCUCUGCCAGAAGAUGAACCAUGUCAGUGACCAUCAGUCCCCCAGCAGCAGCAGCUACAACGGCCUUGUUGAGACCUUUGAACUUGGCUCGGGAGGACAGACGGAAUUCCACAAAGCUCAGGAAAUAAGGGAUGGUGAGAACGAAGAGGAGAUCUCUAAAGAUGAACUGUCGUGUCAGUUGACAGAACAUGAGUACCUUCCCAGUAAUUCUUCAACAGAACAUGAUAGACUCAGCACUGGAAUGACAAGUCAGGAUGGUGAAGAAGGAACCAGUGACAGCGCGGAGUAUCAGUACACCAGACCAAUGUACAGCAAACCCAGCAUCAUGUCUCACAAGAGGUGGAUCCAUGUGAAACCAGAAAGGUUUGAGCAAGACUGUGAAGGUGUUGAUAACCCGUAUGAUGAACACCAAGUUUCUGAAUCCAUGAAUGCCAUUCAGGCGGAUCACGCAAUCCAGUCUUCAGGUGUUGAAGACUUUCAUAUAGGUGACAAAAAGAUGGAAGCAGAAUUUGAUGAACAGGCAGAUGAAAGUAAUUAUGAUGAACAAGUUGACUUCUAUGGCUCUUCUAUGGAAGAAUUUUCUGGUGAAAGGGCAGAUGGAAAUUUAAGCGCUCACAGACAGGAUCUUAUGAUAGCAGCAGGCUAUGGUGAAGGCAUUGAAAUGGCCUCGGGAAUUAAAGAAGAAACAUCCCUCACUGGAUUCUCACAUGCUGAUAAGCUGUAUCCUUGUCAGUGUGGUAAAAGCUUCACACACAAAAGUCAGAGAGAUCGGCAUAUGAGUAUGCACCUCGGCCUUCGACCUUAUGGCUGUGGUGUCUGUGGUAAGAAAUUUAAAAUGAAACACCAUCUUGUAGGCCACAUGAAAAUUCACACUGGCAUAAAACCGUACGAGUGUAACAUCUGUGGGAAAAGAUUUAUGUGGCGGGACAGUUUUCACCGGCAUGUGACCUCUUGUACCAAGUCGUAUCAAGCUUCUAAAGCUGAGCAGACUACUACUGAGAUGAACUAAGACAUUAGUGCUACAUUUGUUUAGUAGAGUAAGCAAAAGAAACUACUUAUGCAAAUAAUGUCUGGUACUUGCUAUUGUAAAUUCUCAAAGAAUCAAGUUUUAAUGAUUAUGCUAGUGUAAGCAGACCAAACUUUUACUUUCCACAGUAUUACUCCAGGUGUUCAAUGUGUCAAGUGCAAGUGGUUAAUCUGAAAGGUGCUUGCAAAAUUAGGUCCGUAAGGUCUUUGUGACAUUGAUUGCAAUCACAGCAGUGUUAAGAAGCCCUGUUGUUUUUCUAAGUCUCCUGAAUUCACAGUAAACCCCAGCUCUAAAUUGACCCAAACCCUGCAAAUACAUGAAACAGGAAUUCAAGUAGACCUACUUAAUGAAAAAGAGCACUGGGAUGCUCAAGGUUACAUGAUUCACAUUUUAAUGGAAAAAAAAUUGGUGUUCUACCUGCCCACAUACUUAAGAUGCAUCAGUGGACAGCCUACAUCUUCUUGUAUUGCUUAGUGAAAGGCUGUGUUAAAGAUGGUUUAGCUUUCCUUUAUCUGUCUUCCAUUUUCUAUCCAUCUUCAGUAAAACAUUGUUUAAUUUUGUGCCGACUUCCGUUUAGAGUCUGUAAAGCACUUAAAUAUAGUUGAGCACUAUGUAAACUUCACUGUGUAUCAAGUAUAAUUUGUCUUUGAUCCUCUGGGGUCUAAUGCUGUAUGGCUUGGCUUGGCUUGAUUGCUACAUCGUGAGAGCUAAGCUGUAGUUUUCUGUUUGGGUUUUUGUGGCUUACUACAGUAGCAAGUACCAAACUGUGCAUUCACAAAUUGAGUUUUUAUUGGUACAAAAACUUCUUUGAGAACUUCUGUCUAGUUUCAGAAACCUGUUUUAGGAAAAUUAUUUAGUCACUGAUAGGUAUUUAUACUUUUAAUUCUUUACUCUUUGAGUAGUAAGAACGAUAAUACAGAUUCUUGGUACUGAACUACUGUGACUGGUUACAUGUGAUCACAAGCAGCCGGAGCUGUUUACCUCUUCAAAUGAAGUUGUUUGUGCGAAGUAUCGUCAUUGGAUCUGCUGAGGGUACUGCAGAACAUGGUUCCACGCUUACGGCCCGAGUCUGGAUUUCUGGUGGGGAAAUGGCGCUCGCGCUCCAUCAGGAUGAGGAUCCGCACGCUGCGCUCUUGCUCCUGGGGCCGGGUGCGGUGUUUGUAGUCCUGAGAGAUGCUGCCAGCUCUGCAGGCAGAGUGGAUGCAUCGGUUGUGAAGGUGGCAAUGGGAUUUUUUGGGUGAAACCUUAAUGUGGUCCUAUGCAGAAGCAACUAACCCUUCUUUGUAGUUUACCGAAACAUUAUAAAAAGGAAAGAGCCUCCAGAGCCUGCAUAGACUAUAGCAGAAAGAGAUGAGGUCCAAAUGCAGUGCUGGUAACACGGGGAGAAAAACCCAACCAGCACCAGAGGCUUAAGACUGUCUGGCCCCAGUUUAUGUAUUAGGCACUGCGAUGUGCAGGAUAACGUGCUGAAACAGAUGACCCUGUAUGGCGAAGCAAAGCCACACAAAGAGAAUUACUAUUUAGAUGCUUUUUUGAACUCCCAGUUACAAACUGUCUGAAGAUGCAACUGAACUGUAUCCUGAACACGAACGCUUGGCGCACGCUGGGGGUUUCCUGCUCAGUGGGCUGUAGUUACUGUAACUUCUUUUCUGGCAUUCUGCUUACGAACUUUGACUUUUUUUUUUUAAGAGGCUCUUAAUUCUUGAUCUUCUAAUGCUUCAGAUAUUUUUCGUAUGAAAUUUUGUUAAAACAGAUAUUCCCAAAUAUGAUGAACCCGUUGCUGGCAAUGGGCAUGAAUGGUCAGCACCACAGAGUUCCUGUUCUUAGCACUUAAUUGAACUCUAUGAUAUACCAUGGUGGCCAUAUAUAACCCUUGUAAUCAAGGUAACAAAACAGGGAUUUGCUCACUAACACUGUAACCUGCUUAAUGUAUAGAAGCACUUUGUAUUAUAAACAAAAAAAAAAGCCCACACCAUAAAACUUUAUAAGUAUGUUUUUUAACUUUAGAAAUUAUAUUCCCUUUAUGGUUUGUUUCCACACUGCUAACACUGUCUUUUUUAAUAUUUAAAAAUAUAUAUAAUGCUUGCCUGUUUACGGGAGCGUAGAGGAAAGGGUUCCUACACUCAGCGGCCCUAUUUUUCCAUUCUCCAAGGCCUUACUGCAUACAGGGUGUCAUUUCUGCAAGUACCAUCGUCGCAUUUGAGGGAAGGUAUCGUCAUGCUCAUUCCACAAGUGAUCUUGUAUCUUACGUUAGUUCUCACCCCCUUUCAAAUUGUCACUUCAGUGUAGCAUAAAAAGGCUAAAUGUGCCUCUUCCCAUUUAACCGUGGAAAAGGCUGGUCAGAACCACCAGGCUGAAAACCACGCUCGAGCAAAAACUGGUUUCUGUUAAACCCAGACCACCCUACAGAGCUGCCAGUAGAACUUUCUUUACCAGCUUGGAAUGACUUUUCUAUGGGACAUUUCAGAGUUAAACGUUACUCUUAUUUGCAGUUAGAUUACUUUGAAAUAAAGCUUUAAAAUACAAUGUACUGCGAGAGACACUUUAAAGGUUUUAUAAUAGGUACAGUAGAUCAUAUUAUAGAACCGUGUUCUUUUUUAAUGACUUAGCACAAAUAGUAACUUUUUAAUAUUUGCCUAUUACCGUUUUACACCGCAUUAUGAUAUUGUCUUGAAAGUCCAACAGAUGUUGCUCCACUGAUUUUGUAGUGCUUGGCUUUCUGAUGUUAAUUUACAUGAAAACAAUCGAUUGCAGGAAAAUACUGAUAUGAUUGUGAUGAGCUGUAGUUGAGAGGACUGAUGAUUUAAGGGAAGCUUGAGAUAUGUGUCUGAAAUCCUUACUGUUGCUUACCACAGGCAAAGCUGUUGACUUGUGAUUUCCUGAAUUUGAUUUCUUGCCCUUUGACAAGCUUCUAAUCACCGAUUCUGGUAUUGUGGGAAAAAUAUAACAAAAGAAGUACUUCAACCAUUAUUGAAACAUCUUUCCUCCGCCUUCCUCAGGCUGAACUGAAGUCGGGCGCCUCUGCUCCCUGCCCUUGCAGUCCGUUUCCCUUGUUUUCACAAGCCGGGCUCGGUCGCGCCGGUCGUUGCUGUGAGGUGCCCGAUGCCGCCGGAGGUUGGGCUGCUGGGCUUGUUGACACUCCUGCUUUCCUCCUGGGUGUCCUCUGCUGUUCGGCGCUGCUGGCUGUCCCCAAGCGCUGACACCAAGCGCAGCCCCUCCAGGGAUGUGCCUGUUCAGCUCGGGUCUCCUGUGGGCCUCGCUCACUUGGGAGGGGUCCCUGCUCUGGCGUGGCCAAAGUCCCCUUGGGAGCGACGCACGGGGGUGUCUCUGUACGUGUGCUCAGUGUCUUUUCCGUUUGUUUUCCCACAAGCAGCUCUUCAGCUUCUCCGCCUGUGUUUCUUCCCCAGAAUAUCUCCUGUGUCUCCCUGCAGCUGUGCUGGCAGCCGCCACUGUUAGCUGUGGUGACGCGGGGGCGCUGGGCGCAGCUCCGGUGAAGCUGGGGCAGGGGUGGGUUGUUGCCGUCAGCCUGCGUGCCGCCGGCACGGGGCAGCCGCAGCCUCUUGCCGCGUGUCCCCGUGCAGCCCCUGCUGCUGAAGCUCUGCCCGUUAUGGCCGGUCCGGUUGGACACGGUAAAACAAGAUGCGCAGAUGCAGCUGCUGUCAAGCUCUUAAUCUUUGCUGAAGGAGUGGUCUUGUUCAAGAUACAGGAAAUUAUUCCUUGUUUGUGGGGAGGAGGGAGCGAUCCGUGUAUAGAAUAUGAAUGCAUAUGUAUGUGAUAAAUGUCAUUAAUCGUCCCCUAAGCUUCAUCACGCUAAAUGCCACGGCUUAGCAACAUUUGUGCGUUUUUAUAUUGUUCACUGUUGGCUGUAGUAAAGCGAAUGUCUUCUGAAGAGCAGGUGGUUGUACACACAGGAGGCGUUCCGAACAGCCGUCCCCUGUCCUGUCCGUGGUGGGGACACUCAGUUCUUUCCAUUCCGUUUUGUAACUAGUGUGUUAACUACCAUGGGAUCUGCGUAACUGCCCUUCUGAGAAGUUCAGCUAUUGAGCAGGGUGAAGAUCUCUGCUCAGGUGUGUACGUGACCCUUUUGGGGAGGAUGGUCCUGUUUCACACACCACUGUUGUGGGUUUGUUCGGCUUUUUUAAACGUUACCUGGUGUUCUGCGGGUGAGCAGGUGGACUCCAGAAGGUCCUGUCACUACAGUUUUUGGUCUUGGCUGUUUCUUUUUUCGUGUGAGCUGUUUCUGGGGUUGAGAAGCUUUGUCCUGUACCAAAACCCAGGCGGGUGAUCAAAGGUGAUGCAUUGGGUUUCUCAUUAUAAAAUAUAUUUGAUAUCCCUCUAUUUUCAAGCCCGAAAGGAGGCACGUGGUGUCUUGUCAUCUCAGCGCCUCUGCGCUGGUGCCAGAAAGGUGACCUGUCUCUGGGUUAUGAGAGCCUACAGCAAUAUAUUGGGUAUUUUGCUUUAACAGAAUAAGAACCUUUCUCAACAUAACAAAGGAAAGCUGGUUUUUGUCAUUUAAAUGCUUCAUGGGAUAGCUGGGCUGCUUAGGCUACAGGCUGUAAACUGUCCCCGCCCUAGGGGAGGAUGCUGGAAAACAAAACGGUAUAUUUUUAAUGUGAUUAAAUUGUAAGUUCUGAUUUUCGCUUGAAGCCUGUGUCUGUCGAUUGCUGCUCCUUUUUUUAUUAUUCAUCAAAUUCCAUAUUUCUUCCAGAAAUGUAACUGUUUAUGCAAGUCAAGUGAAUCUUCCUUAAUGAAAUAUAAGUUUUUAUUCUGAACAAGUCAUUUAUAAUAGUAAAUUUGCAUAUCUUGAUAUUUUGUGGGAUGUUAUGCCUGUAUUGCAGAGGUUGGAUAGUUUUGUCGAUAAAUAUUGCUGUCCUAACUGUACAGCAUGGUUUUAAUUUAAUGUUGUUAUUCAGUAUUUUCUUCUUAUAGAAGAGUCCCAUGUCCCUUUUUUGUAUAACAUGUUUUAAUAAAUGUUAUCUGUCAACUUUGUAAAUGUUUUCUUAAGCUUGAAUGAAAGGAAUGCAUGUCUAGUACUGGUAUUUAAUAUUUCACUUUUGCCAAAACAAUGAGUGCUCAAAAGUACAAAUCCAAAAGUUGUUGAUAUAUAACUUUAUUAAAUAUAUAAAGGAGAA